CUGGCAAGGAAGUAUAAUAUCCAGAAGAUGGUAUCUGCACACAAAAAGAAGAUGAAGCGACUGAUUAAGAAAGGGGCUAAAGGCCAAAAGAGGAAGAUACCAGAGAUCCCCAACUGCAUAUUCAAAAAGGACAUAUUGGAGAAUUUGAAGAGGACAAAGGAGAUAGAGAAGAGGCAGAGGGAAGCGAAGUCCCAGAGCUAA